AUGGUCGUGCUGCAAGCGAUCCACUGCUUGGAUACGACUGACGAUGUCUUGAGUUUUCUCGACGCAGUGCCCGCCGGUGUGCGCGAUGCGUCGCUUAACGCGCUUGUCACGCUCUUGACUGCGAACGCCAACCUCUGGCCGGUCGCCGAUACGUUUAACCUCUUGGAGAUGGACAUUUUGACCGUGGCACGGGCGUUGCCAUCAUUUCGCAAGGUAUGGGUCAACGAAAACAGUGCCAUUCUCAAAUUUUGCCGGCGCAUGACGCUUUCGCCGACGACCGUUGUCCACGCCAACGUCUGUGCCCCGGAUCUCCAGGCGAAUUUCGGCAGCUGGGUCCGCAACAUCGUCAGCCUCGCAAUCUUCGCCGAUGGCAGGCCUCUGAACGCAAGCGCUUUGCAAGAAAAUCUCGCCGCCUGCGCGAGGCUCAAGGCGCUCGCCAUUAAUUGGGACAGCGCGGGCGACGCUGAGUUGAACGUCCUCUUGGCGCUCAUCGCAACGUCGCGCCCUCGACUCACGGUUCUCCACCUCGAUCCUAUGAUGGACUCCGAGCUGCAGCGCUGCGAGGGCCUUCUCAAAUGGCUUGUGCAACCAAAUGCACGCGCGUUCAAGCUCAAUCGCGUCGAUUUUUGCAGUCCCCGCAGCCAAGCUCUUGACGCACGCUCUGCUCUCGUCGACGACGCUUCAUACGAUUGA